CGUUAAACCUGCUACAGAUGCCAUCUAUAGAAACCCUAAAAUUUCAUCUAAUUUAUUCUAUGAAGUCAAAGAUAAAGAUGAUGACAUAACUUCGUCAACUGUUUUCAGUCUAAUCCUGGACGGAAUAUCUGACAAGCAUGCGUAUUUAUCGUUGAAGACAUCUUCAUUGCUGCUAUGGUAGACAGUGCAUGGUCUCUCCAGUCUCGCGUAUUUUCCGAUUGAGGGUUUAGUCUACAAUCAAUCGCACCUUUACCGAGGUCAAAUCGAAGAUAACUCCUUGUCUUUUCUACUCAUCUUAUUGAUUCAAUGCUAUCAUCUAAGUUCCUUGGUGGUGUUACAAGGAGGAAAUCUUUCAAUUGCCACAAAUAUAGUCCUACCUUUUUAAGCACUUUGAUGCUAAUAGCUUCUGAAAAGCAUAUGAGCAUGAGCACUGGUGUCGAUGCUUUUGAAACCAACCACCCUGUAACAUCUAAAAGCCAAGUAUACGACAUUGCAGCUGGAAACUACAGGAAAUUAGGGGAAUUUGGCUCAUCCAAAAGUCAAAGACAUCAACCCCCUGUUGUUCAUACUCUAAAUCCACAUAUAUGCAUGUCAAGUUGUCAUUACAGCACCCAAUACACAGAUAGUAUCGCAACAAAUUCACAACAUAAGUUAUUAGGAAAUAUCCCAAAAUAUGUAAAGAUAGUGGAAGUUGGUCCAAGAGAUGGAUUGCAAAAUGAGAAAGAUAUUGUUCCUACUUCUGUGAAAGUUGAAUUGAUCAAAAUGUUGGUUGAUUCAGGAUUACAAGUUGUUGAAGCUACUAGUUUUGUCUCACCAAAAUGGGUCCCACAGUUGGCAGAUGCAAAAGAUGUAAUUGAAGGAAUUAAAGGAGUUAGCAAUGCUAGAUUCCCAGUUCUAACACCAAAUCUUAAGGGAUUAGAGGCAGCUAUUGCAGCUGGAGUAAAGGAAGUCGCUGUGUUUGCUGCAGCUUCUGAGUCGUUUUCAAGGUCAAACAUCAACUGUAGCAUUGAUGAAAGUCUUGCACGUUAUCGCGACGUUGCUUCUGCUGCAAGAAAACUCUCCAUCCCUGUACGCGGAUAUAUAUCAUGUGUUGUUGGAUGUCCAAUGGAAGGAGAAGUGCAUCCAUCAAAAGUGGCAUAUGUUGCUGAAGAGCUUGUAAAAAUGGGGUGUGAUGAAAUUUCCCUUGGUGAUACAAUAGGUGUCGGGACUCCUGGUAGUGUUAUUCCUAUGAUUGAGGCUGUUAAAAAAGUUGUGCCUAUAGAGAAGCUUGCUGUGCAUUUUCAUGAUACAUACGGGCAAGCUCUUUCUAAUAUUCUUGUAUCACUCCAAAUGGGGAUUAGUGUGGUGGAUUCAUCUGUAUCGGGUCUUGGUGGUUGUCCAUAUGCAAAAGGUGCCACGGGUAAUGUGGCAACUGAGGAUGUUGUAUAUAUGCUUAAUGGGCUUGGUGUGAAGACAAAUGUGGACCUUAGAAAGCUGAUUUUGGCGGGAGAUUUUAUUAGGAAACAUUUGGGGAGACCCUCUGAGUCUAAAGCUGCAACUGCCUUGAAAAAAACUGUGUUUUGUGCAUCUAAAUUAUGAGAUACCCGUAAUAACAAUAUCGAAGUCAAAUUACAAGUGUGACAUAAUGAAGUAUAAUGGAAUGAGAAAUUGAACUGUACUUGUAAUAGUAGUUAAUAUUGUAGAAUUUGGAAGUGUGGGGAAUUUGUUGGAACUUCUCGUGUAGUAAAAUGUUGAAACUUCAAAGCAAGAAAGAUAUGAAAUGAUAUUGGCAUAAGUUUUAGAUUCUGUUUGAGCAUUAAUUUCAUGGAAAUAAUUGAUUGUGGGAGUAGUCAUAUCCCAUGAAAGUAGUAAAACUAUGGGUUAACGGGAUGUGAGUGUAUUAUGCAUAUAUUUAUAAUUAUGUUUGUGUAUGUGUAUUAUGUGUGUAUGUGGUUGCUUAUGCAAGGGCACGAUGUGUCUACAUGUGUAUGUGUAUGUUGUAUUCAGAUCCGUGUCAAAUGGUGGGUGAUAGGGGUGACCGUUGAGGGCCUAACUUUUCAAGGAGCCUAAAAAACUUAUAUGUUUAAAACAUUUUUAAUGAUUUUGUAUCUCAAAAAUCUAUUAGAAGUUUUUUUUCUUUAAAUAUGCGGAUUUUUGUAAUCGACAAUGCUAUAAGUAGAGUAUAGUAUAAAUAUUUUCUUUCAAUUAUUUAGUUAUUAUAAAAACUUUAUGAAAUUUGUGUUUUUAAGGGUAUUUUUU